ACUUUGGCCUUCCAAGGGGUCUGCCGGUCGAUCUCUGCCACCAAUAUGGCUCCAGAAAUCCCUGGCUUUUACUUUGAUCCGGAGAAAAAGAAGUACUUCAAGAUUCAGGCCAACCAUGUCGCGCCACCGGGAUCACAGUACUCUAAGGAAUCUGUCAAGAGGAAACGGAGAGAACAAGAGAAAUGCCACAAAAGAGUCCACCUCAAGCAACGUGAAUCUCGAGAAACGGUUCGCAAGGCGGGCUUCUUACACCACCCCUUAGUCGGCGCUGACAGAGAGAUCGGAUCUCGUCUUCCUGCUUCUGCCCGACACGACCAACAGGCUCGUGUGUAUGCAAGCCAGCUGUGGAAAAAGAAGCUUCAUCAGUUUGAGCCCUGGCCAAAGGACUACUCCAUCCGCCACGUAGUGCGAAACCCGCGCUCGGGGAUUUUGAUUGCGAGCGGGCAUCGUGGUGGUGAAUCGUCGGUCUCGAUAUGCUUUCCAGACUCAGACGAAGAGCGAUGGACAUAUAACCGCACGAUGGAGCGAGUGCUCUUCAAAGAAGCGUAUAGGUUAUCGUCAAUCUCUUUGAGCCAUACGGGUUAUCUCCUGGCAACAAUGGACAGCGGUCCAAACGGCGACAGCUUUCUUGCACCACGCAUGCUCCCGGACCCCGACGAGGCUGGUGACUAUCGAUGGCCUGUUUACUUCGCACACCCAAUCCGCAUUCGCACCACACCAUCCCUAUGGUGUUCAGCAGCUUGUCCAACAGGCAACAAGGCCCUCUUCGCUAUUGGUACUUCGGACGGUCUACAUACUCUGGAAGGAUUCGGCAGUCACUGGACAUUGUCCCAGAAGCCAUUCCCCAAUGAAUCGAGCGCGGGGAGCCAGCCAUUCCAUCGACACGGUAAUUCCUCACACGCGAGCGUCAGCGCCGUGGAGUGGCUCUCGUCGGAUGUCAUUGCCUCGGGUCUCAGAAACUCGACUAUCUUCCUCCAUGAUCUCCGUAGUGGUGGCAGUGCUGUACGGUUACAACACCCACAUUCUGUUUCCAAAAUUCGCAAGGUCGACGAGUAUCGGAUGGUCGUUGCAGGGCCCAACUCGCUCCAAAUGUACGACAUCCGCUUUGCUCCCAACGGCAUCCAGCGCAAACCCAAGCCAAACUCCCAUCAUCAUACCUCUACGCGUCCAUACUUGACCUUUCUCGACUACUCGCCUGACGUGAUCCCCGAUUUUGACGUCAGCACUGAGCUCAGUCUCUUGGCAAGCGCCUCGGACGACCGCAAAAUCCAACUUUUCUCCCUACACACUGGCACACCAGUGUCCUCACCUCUCUCAAAGUAUCGAUAUUCCGACCCUAUUACUUGUGUAUGCUUUGAGUCGAGUGAAGGCCAAUUAAAUCGACAUGGUCCUCAGACGCCCAGUUUGUUGGUUUGUGCAAAGGCUACGGUUGACCAGUGGAUAUGGUAA